AUGGAGAGCAAAAAGAAGACUGGUCUUGGAAGGAGAAAAGCUGCAUCUUAUAUCGAUCUCGACGUCUGGGAUCCCGGUUGCCAUCCGCCACCGAUUUGGCUCAUGGUUUGCCAGGAUGGCGUCAACUUGGUCGAGCAACAUGGUGAACUGUUGCGCCAUCGGACGACACAGAUCAACAAGGGGAGCCGACCCAGCCCGGCGGGAUGUGGGCGUUUAGCAGAGCAAGAACCAUGUUUGGCGACUUUGGCCCCGGACGAGUUGCCACUAUUCGGUAGUUGUCUGCGGCUCAAGGUCCAGCUUGGAUAG